CAUCACAAAGAGUCUUAAAGUAGACUAAACAUUACAGCUACUACUUGGUGAAGAAGAUAUUCUUUAAGAACACAUACUGUAUGUGCUUAUGUGCAUUUCAAGGACAAUACUGUAGCAAUGUUCUUGAUUAAUAAUUAAUUGUUUUGUCUGUAAAUCAUUCUCCCAAAUCAUUCAAUUUGCUGAUUUUUGUCUAACAAACUGCAUACAAAACACAAAUAUAUUCAGUUCACCUUCACCAUCAUAUAAAGAGAAAUUAAAGCAGCAAAUCCUCAUAUUUCAGAGGCUGGAACUGAGGAAAGUUUUGUAAAUGUUUCCUUGAGACAAUGAUUGUCUUAUUGUUUCACCUCUAUUCAUCUAUCUAUGUGGUGUUUAUGAUUGUUGAAUACAUUCAAGGCUACCAAUGGUUCACUAGUAUGAAAAUCAAUGUGUACUUGCUUAUUAUUAUAUUGGUGAAGAAGAUGUUCUUUCAGAAGAACCCAUACUACAUCCUGAAGCGUGGCGGUAAUGCAGCAGAUGCUGCAGUUGCCAUAGCAGCAGCGCUGGCGGUAACAGAGCCGCAGAGCACCGGUCCUGGUGGAGACGCCUUCUGCUUGUUCUACAACGGAAACACUGGAGAGAUCCGAGGAAUUAACGGCAGUGGUCGUUCGGCCAGAGCUCAGACCCUGGACUUCCUGGAAGGACGUGGUUACACUGCGGAGGCCCCUCCUUCCCCUUUUGAUGCCUUGAAUGUCACAGUACCAGGGGCCCCGGCAUGCUGGUGUGAUACCGUACAGCUGUUUGGCAGUCACAAGCUGUCCUUGCAAGAGGUGCUAAGCGGGGCGGCGGACCUCGCAGAGGUGGGGUUUCCUGUUGCCGAGGUAACAGCUCACCACUGGGCAAAAUGCGUGGCUGCUCUGAGAGAUGAUGGGAAGGAGCUGGGUGGAGACCUGCUGAUUGAUGGUCGUGCCCCCAGAAGUGGACAAGUAUUCAGAAACUCUAACCUGGCCCAGACCCUGAAGGAGCUGGGUGAGCGUGGCAAACCGGCUUUCUACCAGGGCAGAGUGGCCCAAGCCAUCGUCGACAUCAUCAACCAGAAUGGAGGAAUCAUGACCCUGGAUGAUCUCAGCAGCCAUGACAGUGAGGUCAUCACCCCCAUAAGUACAGAAUACAAGGGUGUGCGUCUGUGGGAGCCUCCUCCUAACAGUCAGGGAUUGGCUGCCCUGCUGCUGCUCAACAUCCUGGAGAACUUCCCUCUCAAAGCUGCAGGUCAUAACAGCUCUGACUAUAUCCAUGUACUGGUGGAGGCUGUGCGCUUGGCACUAACAGACGCUCAGUGUUACCUGGGCGACCCAGACCAUGUGACCGUCCCUCUUGAAACCUUACUGGACAAGAGCUACAGCCGCCAGCGAGCGCAGCGCAUCAGCACAGACAGGGCCAUGGAAGAAGUGGAGCCUGGUUUGACAACAGGAAGCGACACGGUCUAUUUCUGUGUGAUUGACAGUCAGGGCAACGCCUGUUCAUUUAUCAACAGCGUCUAUAAGGGCUUUGGAAGUGGGCUGGUCCCUAAGGAUUGUGGAUUCUCACUACAGAAUCGUGGUGCCUGCUUUUCUCUGCGUCGUAACCACAAUAACUGUGUUUCUGGGGGUAAGCGGCCAUAUCACACCAUCAUACCUGCACUUCUCACUAACUCUGCAACCAAGUCACAAAAACCACGACUCCUCGCUGCACUGGGGGUGAUGGGGGCUUUUAUGCAAUCGCAAGGACACGUCCAGGUGUUGUUGAACAUGUUGGAGUUUGGGAUGAAUCCUCAACAAGCUCUGGACUCACCAAGAGUCUAUGUGGAGUAUGACCAGAAAACUGGUCAGUGGUUGGUUAAUCUGGAGGAGGGGGUCGGCCAGGAGGUAGCUGAGGAGCUGAGAAGACGAGGCCACAACGUCAGCUGGCCAAUCACAGGUCACCAGAGGUCUGUGUUUGGGUGGGGACAGAUCAUCACAGUGGGGGAUUGGUGGAACCCGUCUGUCAAUCAAGCUGAUCAUCCAUCCAGGGUGCUGUGGGCGGGAUCAGACCCCAGAGCGGAUGGAUGUGCUCAGGGAUACUAGACAUACGGUGACCUCCUCUCCUCUUCCCUGGAGAUGCAAUAUUCAGAUAAUGUGAUCACAAAGCUUUCUCAAGGAAAAUUCCUACAUUUGAAAUGUAGAACAGAAGUACUAUGAAUAUGAAUUCACAGUAAACGCUAACCUUUUUCCUUUGGCUUCUUUAAUUAGCCGACUGAUUUUAUAUUACCCCAUAAUAACUCGUCAACAACUCAGGUUUAUAACAGUCACAGCACUGCAUCACAGCAUAUUUCAUAAAGUGUCUUUUUUCAUUAUAUGUCCCUCUACAUCCUCUUGAGUUCAAGCUACAUUUAGAAGCUAGUGCACUAGUUAGUUAGCUCUUAAAUAUAGAGCAACAAAUCAGAAAACAAAUAUUUGUGUGCCAUGACAUGACAUACCAAAGAUGCCCUUCCUCAGCCCUGUGUUUUGGUUGAGAUAAUUAUCCGUUUCAAUGUCUUUAAUUAGUUGCUGCUGGUCAAGAAAUGACAACAAUAUCAUUACAUCUUAUAUAAGUCUCCUUCCUCAAUAAAUGAUAGUUGCACGUUUUCUCAUUUUACAAAACAAAUGGAGUUAAGAUAAUGUAAUAAUGUGAAUGAAGUCAAUCAGUGUUACAUCUCUAUUCAGAUUUGUUUUGCAUCAUUUUGCUACACUUUAAAGUGAAGUAUAUUUACUGAUUUAACAUUUCAAUUUCAUUCCAAAUAAUCUGUGAAAUAUGCUGGAUCUGUUCGUGAUUUUGCACAUUUUUUACAAAUGACAAUUAAAUCAAACUUAUUUUCAA